CGGCAGGGCAUUCACCAGAACCCUCGAUCGGUCACAAGCGAUGAUGCUGAAUCAAUCAAUACGUCUGGGUCUCCGUUCGUGUCCUUCGCGGAUCGCCCUAGUUGGACGGACAUCGGCGUUCGUCCCCCACGCCCAACAACACCUCCAUGUCCGCCAAAUAUCCUGGCUCCGGAAACUCAUCCCUGGCAAAUCCGCCGAACCCAAAUCCUCCUAUGUCAAGCCCGCAAAACCCUCCACAACCGAUGACGUCCCCGAAGCCGUCGUUCUCUACCGCGGUGACAUCGGCUCAAAAAUCGCUGGGUACAAAGCUGCCUCGACGUCAUUCCUGGUCGUCGGAUACCUCGCUGCUCCGGCGAUCUUAUUCACAGCACAGACCCCUAUGAGCGGGUUGUUGGCUAUGCUUGCAUCAUGUACUAUGCCGCUCCUGAUUUGUCACGCUUUUGGGUCUGCGUAUGUUAUGCGUGUAUCGGUUCUUCCCCCGGAUGACGCACGAAAGAACAGAAAGGCUUUCAACGCGUACAUGGCGGAGCCGGAGGGAGAUAUGCCCCUCGUAUUGGAAACUUUGGGGUUGUUCGGUCAGAUUAAGAAAACGGGUGUUAGGUUGAGUGAAUUGGAGCCGACGAAGAAGAGGUUCGCGACAUGGCAGAGGAAGAGUGACGGGAAGAAAUUUAUGGUGGAUAAGGAGGGUGGGGACCCGUCUAUGAAGUGGCUGCAUCAGUUUGUGGAGAAGAGUUCGGGGAAGCAGGUCAACGAGGAGACGAAGGAUCCGGAGCACAAGAAGGAGGAGAAGAAAUGAAGCAGUACUUGAGGUUGUUGAAGGUCAGAUAUUGUCGUUUUGGGAACGAAUUCAUUCGUGAGACCACGGAAACGGGCUGCCAAGAGAUUGAAUCAUAGAAUCGGAAAGCAUGUUGGAGACUUCCCUAGGUACAGUAACUUCCCAACCAGUUGACAAGAAAAGAUCUAGAUGCGUUCAAGCC